CAGAAGGAGUAAUAAAUAAGUUUCCUUUUUCAAAAAAGAGAGGGAGGGUAAUAACAAUAAUACUAUCGAAUGUGUGUAUAUAAAUAAGUCGAAGUAUAUAGGUUCACAGGAAAGUCAUUUGUACACGUAAUUUAUACACAUUUGUUGUAGAUCAGACCCUCUUAGUUGUACGUAUGGAACUAAAUAUUAUCCGCAGCAAAUGUGUAUAAAUUAUGUAUACAACUAUACAAGUAGCACCCUAUGCGUUUACAAUAAAGUCAAAAUAAAAUGCAUUACGUAGUACGUAUGUUUGAUUGGCCGGCCGGAGACCUACUGGCGGCGGUAAGGCCUAAGCAGCUGAAGGAGAGAACCACUGAGGUGGAGAGACAUGACUUCGCUGGUGGACCCGACGAGCCUUCCGCCGAUGAAAACCGCCGGCAGUGGGGUGGCGCCGUUGGUGCGGCCCAUGGCGGCGGCGAGGCUGACCUCGAUGUCCUUGCCGUCGCGGUGGUCGGCGUCGAGGUGGUGGAGGUGCGGCUUAACUCCGAGCUUGUGGAAGAGGACGUUAACGGCGUAGGAAAGGCAACAUUCGGUGUUGCUAAAGAUCACCACGCCGUGUUCUGCCGUCAGCCUCUCCACCUUCUCCAUCCGGCCUACAAUUUUACACACCGAUAGGGUUGUUGGUAAGGUCGAUGGGAAUUGUAUACCGACCGAGUCCAGUGGAAGGAGCCCUACUUAUAUAGUUAUAUAUGAGAC